CUAUAUAAAUAGUAAACGGCAUCUAGGCUCAAUUUCCCCGGUCGGACACCAAACAUUGCCGGCUUGACAGGAUGAGCAGCAAACUACCCUAUCGCCCCAGCGGCGAAGCCAGUGGUGCGAGAACCCCGCCUCACAAAAAGGAAGAUGACGACAAGCCAAGGAGGUGGGACGAGCCGCCGGAGAAAGAGCCUCCAUGGCCACCGGAAAACGAAGCGACGCUCCUCCUCGUGCACAAGCGCCAGUUGAUGUGUGUAGCCAAGGAGGCCAUGCGCAUAAAAUUCUCGAGCUCGGACGAACACAUAGCCGUCAUGAUGCCGUAUGGUCUCGGCCAUUGGAACACCAUCUACGAGUGGAACACGAAUAACUACAAGCGCAUCAUCCACCUAGAUAUCAAGGUGUCUGGAGAUUUUGCCCUCGCGCCUACGCCAGACCGCGCCGUUGUAGCGCCAUACCAGAAGUGGAUCCAGAUCGAGCGGAAUACCAACGCGUGGGGCUUGCGUCCGGUCAUCACGAUAUUCGACCUGGAAAGGAGAAAGAACCGGCUCAUACGGGAAUAUCUAGACAUACAGGGUCCCAUCACGUACUCCCCGGACGGGACGCUCAUCGCUGCGGUGGACAGCAAGGACACGUCGCGUAUCACCAUCUGCGACGCCCAGAGCCUCCAGUUGGUCAUGACCAUCCCGCACCACACCGACGAGGUGACGCACCUGGCCUUCAGCCCAGACGGCAUCUCCCUCGCCAGCCUUUCCAAAGACGGCUGGGCCCGGCUAACGAGCGUCCAUCUGGGCCGGACGUUACGACGGUAUGACACGGGCGGCGGACGCACCCCCAAGAUGCUACAAUUCUCUCUCGACGGCGAGCUGGUGGCCUGCAUCUGGGGCCGCGAGGUCAACCUGUGGUACCCAGAGACAGGCAUUGUCAACGCCUACGAUCUGAACACUGUCCGUCGGACCGAGGGAUGGCCGCUGUGCAUCUCUCCCGACUGCAAGUACCUGGCCUGCCGGACAGAGGACGGCUUCGACGUCUCUGACCUACUCACCGGCACCUUCCGCGGCGAUCUUUGCGGCGACACGGCCGCCGUCACGAGUGCAGCGUUCAGCUCGACUGGUCGGAAUUUGGUUAUUGGGAAGAUGAAUGGGGAGAUUGAACUAUACGAGGUGAUCACGGUGGACUGAGC